AUGUCUCAAGAUACAGCACUUCUUCAAAUGGUGACCCGAAACGUUGAAGAAGGACUAUCCGAACGUCGUCUUCGCCCGGCGAUGUCAGAGAACCAGUAUGGUGCACCACAGGCGGAUGAUGCCAACGAAACAGAAGCCGAGACCCACGCCUGGGCCUCCCAUGUUACCUCCGCGUCCGUUGCCAAGACCUUAGCGGAAGAUGAGAUCGACGAUGUAGGGCUUACAGGCAUCGUUAAAGAAGGCUUGGCAUAA